AAAUCAAAUCUUUUCCGUUAAUUUUAAGUCGGCCGUCAAGCAAGAGAGGCUACAUUACCAAGUGCUUUAUAAAUUUUUAUGUUGCAAUGAUGUCUCGCAACUGAUUGACACUUGCAACUGUAGCUUUUCAACGUUAUUUACGUGCACUGCAACAUUUUCAAUCAUUCUAAGAAAAUAUAAAGCUACUUCGGUCAAUUCUAGAAAGAAAUGGAGAUCCAAGUGAGGAGGCAGCAACGAUUGGUCAAUCUUCAUGAUCAAGAAAACGCGAAUGUAUUUAAAGGAAAAAGCAAUGCGAUUCUCCCUAUCAAAAGACAGGGGUUGAGUGCUCGCGGAGCCUUGGGUGAUUUGAACACCAACGCACAAGCUCAGCGGGACAUUGCAAUCGGGAAAGUGGCAGUAGCCACCGCAGAAUAUGAGAAGAAGGCUACUUUAAAUCGGGCCACAAUUAAAAGCAACUAUAGCCAUGUGCGUUCCAAGAUUGACACAGGCUUGGCGGCCGCCAAGCCAAUCAUUCAGCCCUCUUCAAGGCCACCAUUGAGACGAGAAGAAAGCACAGCCGGGCUCGCUGCUAAAGCAAUAGCCAGAACUAAGGCGGUCCUCAAGGAGACUCAACAAAAUAAGACCAAUGAUGAAAACAUAUUGAAGCCAAGAAAACAGAGUCAGGACUCUAAGAAGCCGUCAAGAUUAUCAGCUGUAAAAGAAGAUUCUAAACCAGUAUUAAAAGAGCCCACAGAAUCAUUGGGAAAACUGAAGUUAGCUGAGACUGUAAAUAAGGACUCGCAACUUGAAAAGGAGCAUCCUCCGUUGCCCUCUGAUGUGGAAGAUAUUGAUGCCGGUGACAAUAAUAGUCCUUUGCUUAUGUCAUGCUAUAUUAAGGACAUUUACCAUUACUUGACUGAGCUGGAGCUGAAGUAUGCUAUUGAGCCUGAUCAUUUGAGAAAACAGUCUGUGAUCACGGGAAAGAUGAGGGCCACACUCAUUGACUGGCUGGUGGAGGUGCAGCGCCAGUUCUCCCUAGUUUUGGAAACAUUCCAUCUAACUGUUGGAAUUAUUGAUAGAUAUUUGCAGGCGGUACCAAACGUCCAACGCAACCAGCUGCAGCUAGUCGGCGUCACAGCGAUGUUCCUGGCGUCCAAAUAUGAGGAGAUCUACGCUCCGGAGGUGGGCGACUUCGUGUACGUGACCGACAACGCGUACAGCAAGGCCGACGUGUUCCAGUGCGAGAGGGACAUUAUGGCCAAGCUGGGCUUCUGUCUCGCUCGGCCCAUACCGCUCAGCUUCCUUAGAAGGUUUGUCAAAGCUGCUCACGGGACAUCAAAGAACCAUCAUUUAGCGAAGUAUUUUGUUGACCUCAGCCUGGUAGAAUACAGCAUGGCACACUACCGCCCUUCAGAACUGGCCGCCGCCGCUCUAUGCCUUUCCCUCUACUUGCUGUCUAGAAAGACCCUUGAAGAAGUUUGGACUCCCACGAUGACCUACUACUCAGAGUAUACUCUGGAACACCUCGAUCCUAUUAUUCGGAAAAUCGCAAAAAUCGUCGUCAAUGUGAAGAAUUCCAAGUACAAGUCUGUAUACAACAGAUACUUGGACCCUAAACUAGCUAAGGUAUCGGCGCUCCCGGAACUGAAGGAAGAAGCCCUUCAAGAACUAGCCAAGAUACCAUCGACGACCUACCUAUAGGUGUAAUAAGUAGGUAUUAUGAAUAUUUUAGGUAUCUGUAUUAAAAAGUGACUUAGUUGUAAUUGUGUGAGGAACGAUGUUUUGAGAUCAUGAAUGGACUGACAUAUGUUAAGGUUUGAUUAUGUACCUGGCCGUUUGUUUAGGAAUUUUAUUUUUAGACUUAACUUUCUUUGACAUGGAAAUAAAACACUGACAUGCUUGAUCCAGUGUUAGAUAUUCGAUUUCUAUAGAACGCUUUUAGGUAUGUGAUUAUUUUGGAAUAAUUUAUCUUUUGUAAUAUACUUGUAUUGAUGAUUGAUAGUUUUUUCUUCAACUUGUUUCCGAGGUUUCAUGUAAUCUCACCCGAAAUUCACAUACUUACUUGUUAACUUACUUAGAAUACCUACGUGAUAUUCUAAAUUAGUAAUAUAUUAUAUAAUUAUUUGUAUUUAGAUGUAUUGAUAUUAUAAAUGUAGGAUUUAAUAACUAUGGACCAAAAUGUAACAUUUUAAACUGGUGGUAAGUGUGUUUUUAAAUGUGGAAAUGUAAUUUUGAUAGACCUGUGAUUAGAUUAUAUUACGGUUUAAUUUGUUAAAAAUGAAUAAAAUAUGUUUUACAA